AGCCGCUUCGGCCCGGGGCGGCUCGGCCUGGCGCGGCCAGACCAUGCGCUGAUGUGUACCGAACCCUCCCUCCUCCGGCGAGACCCAGACCGCCAACACCGCCUCUCGAAGAAGGAAACACGGCAUAACCUUUUGCCGUCGGCGGCGAGGCAGGGGCAGUCCGCUCCAGCGUGUGGACGAUGCGCGAAGUUGGGUGACCUUGGAGGUCUGGGAGCAUGAGGCUGUGCGCGGUUGCCCUCGCCCUGGCCGGGGCGCUGCCCACCCGUGCGCUGAGGGCUCAGAAUGGCACCCUUGGCGGCGGCCCAGAGCAAGGCCAGCGCGAGGCGUCGGAGGCCAGCUGGUUCAAGAAGAUAUACUUCCUCCACCUGGCGAAGACGGCGGGGGGCUCGGCCCUGCUCGACCUGCCGCGACACCUCGCCGUGACCACGCAGCUCAACAGCUACGAGUGCUGCUGGCCGAGGUUCUCAGGGCUGGACGCGUGGGAGCCCCCGGCGGGUUCGCGGAUUACUUUUAUGCGCGAGCCGAAGGCGCACGUGUAUUCCCAGUGGAAUCACUGCAGGAAGAACCUCGACCAUUGGUUCAACCCGCGUGGCCUGCCAGCGAACUUCUCGCAGUGGCUGCGAUAUUGGAGCAAGGUGGGCGAUCAUCCGACCGCGCACGAGCGCGGCUUCCACUGUUACAUCCCGAUCAACCUGCAAGCUCGGGCGUUGUCUUGCCGCGCCACCGUCUGCCCGCUUGUCACCCACGCGGUGGACGAGGCCGUGCUGCACGAUAGGAGUGGUGAGCUUGCGGUGCACGAAGAUUUGGCGACCCGGCGCCUCCAGAGCGUGGUGAGGUUCGUUGGUCUGACAGAGUUCUACCAAGAGUCCAUGUGCCUCUUGCACGCGAUGUCCAAGAACUCGUUUCCGUCCUACUGCAACUGCGAGGACCACGAGGCCUGGGGCAAGUUUCCCCACGCCAGCCUCGACCAUGGCGGCGGAACCAAAACGACUCACACUCUGUCAAAGGCGGACGCAGAGUUGGUUGAGAACCUGACGCGCGUGGACGCCCGGCUGUACCAGGUGGCGAUGGGCCGCUUCAUGGAGGCGGUCCACGAGGUGGAGGGCCGCUUCGGCAAGAAGGUGUUCUGCCGGGACCGCGCGCGGGACUCCCUGGGGAGCGACACCGUCCAGCUCUUCGAGUGGGACCGGGCCGGCCCCUGAGCAGCGUGGACGGGCGAGCGCCCCGCACGAGGCGCGGCUGGGUCUGCCGCUCCGGGUCCCCCGUCGGCGGAGUGGAGG